AUGAGCACACAUAGUUCACAUCAACAAACUCCAGCAGGGGAGAAACCAUUUAAAGGUAUGGAGUGUGGGAAAAGUUUCACUGAUAGUGGAAAACUUAGAACACAUCAGCGGACUCACAUGGGCAAAAAAAGAAUUCCAAUGCAGGGAGUGUGGGAAGAACUUCAGUCAACAUGGACACUUAAGUUUACAUCAACAGUUUCACACAGGGGAAAAACCUUUUAAAUGUCUGGAUUGUGGAAAGAGCUUCAGUCUGAAUGGAUACUUAAGUUUACACCAGCGGACUCACACAGGGAGAAACCAUUUAAAUGUAUGGAGUGUGGAAAAGCUUCAGUCAGAGUGGACACCUCAACAUACAUCAACGGACUCACACAGGGGAAAACCAUUUAAAUGUAUGGAGUGCGGAAAAAGCUUUAGUGAUAAUGGAAAGCUUAGAACACAUCAACGGACCCACACAGGGGAGAAACCAUUUAAAUGUAUGGUGUGCGGAAAGAGCUUCAGUGUCAGUGGAAACCUUAGAAAACAUCAAAGGAUUCACACGGGGGAGAAGCCAUAUAAAUGUAUGGAGUGUGGAAAGAGCUUCAGUCAGAAUGGACAACUCAAUAUACAUCAACGGACUCACACAGGGGAGAAACCAUAUAAAUGCAUGGAGUGCGGAAAGAGCUUCAGUUUCAGUGGAAACCUUAGAAUACAUCAACGGACUCAUUCAGGGGAGAAACCAUAUGAAUGUAUGGAGUGCGGAAAGAGCUUUACUGAUCAUGGAAACCUUAGAAAACAUCAACGGACUCAUUCUGGGGAGAAACCAUAUAAAUGUAUGGAGUGCAGAAAGAGCUUCAGUCGGAAUGGAGUACUUAAAUUACACCAGCGGAUUCACACAGGGGAGAAACCAUAUAAAUGCAUGGAGUGUGGAAAGAGCUUCAGUCAGAGUGGACACCUCAGUAUACAUCAACGGACUCACACAGGGGUGAAACCAUUUGAAUGCCUGGAUUGUGGAAAGUGCUUCAGUCAGAAUGGAGACCUUAAAUUACACCAGCGGAUUCACACAGGGGAGAAACCAUAUAAAUGUAUGGAGUGUGGAAACGGUUUUAGUGAUAAUGGAAGCCUUAGAAAACAUCAACGAAUUCACACAGGGGAGAAACCCUAUAAAUGUAUGGAGUGCGGAAAGAGCUUUCAUGAUAACGGAAACCUUAGAACACAUCAACGGACUCACACAGGGGCGAAACCAUAUAAAUGUAUGGAGUGUGGAAAGAGCUUCAGUCAGAAUGGACACCUCAAUAUACAUCAACGGACUCACACAGGGGAGAAACCAUAUAAAUGCAUGGAGUGCGGAAAGAGCUUUCAUGAUAACCGAAACCUUAGAACACAUCAACGGACUCACACAGGGGCGAAACCAUAUAAAUGUAUGGAGUGUGGAAAGAGCUUCAGUCAGAAUGGACACCUCAAUAUACAUCAACGGACUCACACAGGGGAGAAACCAUAUAAAUGCAUGGAGUGCGGAAAGAGCUUUCAUCAUAACGGAAACCUUAGAACACAUCAACGGACUCAUACAGGGGAGAAACCAUAUAAAUGCAUGGAGUGCGGAAUGAGCUUCAGUCAGAGUGGAAAACUUAGAAAACAUCAGCAGACACACAGGGAGAAACUGCUUAAAUGUAUGGACUGUGGAAGGAGCUCCAGUCAGAGUGGAACCCUUGAUUUAUGCGAACAAACUCACACAAAACACAAACUGUCUAAAUAUCAGGAAAAUAGGUAGAGUUUCAAUCCUAGCUGAAGUUCUAACUCAACAGACUCACGGACAGGAAGAACUUUAGGAGUUGAAACUUCAAUAUACAUCAACGGACUCACACGGGGGAGAAACCAUAUGAAUGUAUGAAGUGCGGAAAGAGCUUUCGUGAUAAUGGAACCCUUAGAAGACAUCAACAGACUCACACAGGGAAGAAACCAUUUAAUUGCAUGGAGUGCGGAAGGAAAUUCAGUCAGAGUGGACACCUCAGCGUGCAUCAACUGACUCACACAGGGGAGAAACCAUAUGAAUGA